CGGAGAUAAGAUCACUGCGUACCCCGCAGGGCAGGAAUUGGGAGGAGGGGGGCCUGGGUUUCCUCCCAAGACGCAGGGAGGCAUGGGAUGAGCAGUGGGAAGGGGGUGGGGACCAGCAUGAGCGAAGGCAAAGAGGCAGCAGUGCAGGUCAGAGAGAAGGCCCAGGCUGGGGUAGCGGGUUCCCAAAGCAGCAAAGGAAGCCAGGGACGGAAUGAGCGGGCCCUGCAGCCCCCCAGAGGAGUCCGCGCUUUAUCUGUUGGGUGGCGGAAGCCCACACUGACCAGCAUCCGGCCCCCUCAGCCCCCUGGACGUGCCCAAGGCCACGUCCUCCCUCCGGAGGCCUAAACCCCCUCGCACAGCCCUCGGCCUCAGUGGCCCUGGAAGGCUGCUCUAUGGGGAGGCCCUGCUUGCUCCUCGGCUGCCCUUCCCCUACCCCGUGCGCCCCCUCUGCCCCCUCUCCAAACCUGCUCCAGCCCUGGCCUCCUCGCCCCUCAGCACCUGAUGACGUGUAAGCUGGGCACGCAGGGCGUCUGGGAGCCCAAGGACGCCGUGCAGCGGCUGCAGCAGCUGGACGCUCAGGGCCGGGUGUGGAGCCAGAACCUGCUGCUGCAGGUCAGAGACGGCUGGCUCCAGCUGCUGGACAUCGAGACCAAGGAGGAGCUGGACUCCUACCGCCUGGACAGCAUCCAGGCCAUGGACGCGGUGCUCAACUCCUGCUCCUACAACUCCGUCCUGUCCAUCACCGUGCAGGGGGCGGGCCCGCCGGGCGGCAGCAUUCUGCUCUUCCAGUGCCCGGAAAUGGGGGCAGAGCGGCUGCGGACCAGCCUGCAGAAGGCCCUGAAGGAGGAGCUGGAGCUCGGCAGACCCCGAUUUGGAGUCCCUCACCCCGGCCAGGACAGAUGGAGGGGGGCCCCUCUGGAAAGGCCACUCCCUAAGGAGCAGGCAGCCCCCCUGGAGUGGGGGCCCCCUCCAGAACAGCCCCCCUGGAUGGCCCCGGAGCACAGAGUGCCACCAUCCCCACGGCCCCUGUCACGACACUCCAGUGCCAGAGAACCAAGCACCUUCGCUCUGCCUCCUCCAAGGCGCCCCCCGACCCCCGAGGACCCAGUGAGGGACCAGGAGGUGCUGAACCACAUCCUGAGGGACAUCGAGGUGUUCGUGCAACCGCUGAUGAAGACCCAGGUCAACGCCAGUACGAAGAAGAAGAAGAAACAGGGGAAGAAAAAGAACACGGGCCCGGGGGGGAGGACACCGGCGCAGUACGUCGAUUGCUUCCAGAAGUUCAAGUACAGCUUCAUCCUCCUGGAGAGGCUGGCCAACCAUCUGCAGAAUACCACUGCCCCCGAGCUGCUGCACAGGCUCUUCCGGACUCUGCACUUGGUCCUGACGCAGUGCCCUGAGCGUGACCUCGCAGGCCAAGUGAUCUCACCCCUCCUCACCCCCGAAGCCAUCGACAUGCUCAAGUUCUACCUAAGCCCGCCUGACAGUAACCUCUGGAAGAGCCUGGGCCCGGCCUGGACCACCAGCCGGGACAACUGGACAGGCCAUGAGGUCCCACCCUACCAACCUACGUUCUAUGAUGGCUGGCAGCCUCCAGAACCUUCCAACCAGGCACCCUCAGGAUACCAGGACCCUGCUUCCCUCCGGCCCGUGCAGCCAGCCCUGAGAAUGCAAGUCUUAUUCGAGUUUGAAGCUAGGAACCCAAAGGAACUGACCGUGGCCCCGGGAGAGGUGGUGGAGGUUCUGGACCACAGCAAGCGGUGGUGGCUGGUGAAGGACCAGACGGGAGACAGCGGCUACGUUCCCAGCAACAUCCUAGAGCCCCUGCCGUCGGGGUCGCCCAGGAGCCAGAGCCCGGCCCUUCGGGCCCCGAUGCUGCGACUGAGCUCCAGGCCCGAGGAGGUCAGAGCCUGGCUGCAGGCAGAGAACUUCACCCCUGGCACCGUGAAGACCCUUGGGGCCCUGACGGGGUCGCAGCUGCUGUACCUGAGCCCGGGGGAGCUCCAGAUGGUGUGUCCAGAGGAUGCCCCCCGGGUCAUGGCCCGGCUGGAAGCCAGCAGAAGGAUGCUGGGGAUAAGCCCUUAGGCACCAACUCUGACGUCUCCAAGAUCAAGGCCUUCUCACAGCCAGAGGAUACGAUUCUCUUUAGAGCCCCAAGCAGUCCUCUUGCAGGCCCCCAGAUUGCAGCGAACGCCACACCCAGCUCACACAGCAAAGAGGAUGAGCAAGCCCAGAGGUUGGGCGGAUGGUGCCCUCUCGCUGCGUGGGGAGCCCUCUCUGGCGACCAUCUAUUUAUUGUGUCUGUCCUAGACCCGGAGCACGCGUGCCUAGCUUUGUCAAGAUGCCGCUGAGUCCUCUCCUCCCCAAUAAAAGCAUCUCCAAGCCUGG